AUGGAUGUAUAUGGCUGGCUGGGAGCGCUGGCGCUGCUGAGCGCCGUGGUGCUGUGCUGCUGCCUGCGCCGUCCUGCCGUCCCCACGCAUCACCACCCCCACGUGCGCUGCUACGGCAUGGCAGAGCUGCGGGAUGGAGAGGCCCCUGCACACCUCCUGGGCCGCAGCCUGCGCUGGGAGCAGCACGUGCCGGUGCAGUUGGUGCCCCAGAUCGAGGCCGCCCAACGGCGACGGAGACGCAGAGAGCAUUCCUGCCCCACGCUGCAGCUCCGUGCAGGGCUGCACAGUGAGCCCCAUGAGAGAUCCAUCUCACCGUGGCGGGUACGCAUCGAUGAGGACGAGGACCGCUACCCCCGCAAGCUGGCCUUCGCCGAGUGCCUGUGCACCGGCUGCGUGGAUGUGAAGACAGGGAGGGAGACGACGGCGCUCAACUCGGUGCUCAUCCACCAGACCAUGAUGGUGCUGCGCCGCAAGCCCUGCCCGCGUCCCUCCAGCCCCGGCCUCAUCACCUUUGAGGUGGAUUACAUCCGUGUGCCAGUGGGCUGCACCUGCGUCCUGCCCCGCACCGGGCGCUGAGCCCGCUCCCUCGGAGCACCCCCGACCCCGUGACCGUGUCACCCUCCUCGUGCUUGUUUUAGAGCACUCGUUCCUCCCACCCCGUCCUCCUCCUCGACCCCAUCACCAUUUAUUUAUGAGUUAUUUAUGAUGCCCGCUGGGGGAUUUAUUUUUGUAACCCCGUAUUUAUUGCUCACCCUCCCCUAAGCCUCCCCAUAAGGCAGCAGCCCUGGGCUCAGCCUCAGCCCGUACCUGCAGCCCUCCCCGGGUGCUUCCCAGUUAUUUAUUCCCCCUCAGUGCUAUUUAUUGAGACCUCCGUGUGCUAUUUAACGCCGGCAGCGUGCAGCCUGAAAAUAAAAGCCUGACUCCCAAUGUGCCACGCUGGGAUAACUGGGAGGGCAAGGAGCAGAGGUGCACGGGUCCCCCAGUUGUGCCCCAUGGAUGCUGGAGGGGAGGUGCCAAAGAUGCAGGGAGGAAGGUGCUUUGGGUAACCCCCAAUGGAUGCUGGGGGGCAUCUGCCAUCCCCAAAGCACACCCAGGAGAAGGGGGAAGCAAUGGGGAGAACAGGAGGACAACCCCACACAAGCACCCCAUCACCACCCACUCCUUUCCCACAGCUCUGCCCUGGGCACUCACAUCCCAUGGGCUCAGCGCCACCUACAGGGGUUGUCCCACGUAUCUUCAGAGCACCCAUGGGUGCUGGGGGGGGAGUGAGGGGGUAAGGGGCUGGGUGUCACCUCUGGGGACCACGUGUCCUCAAGCCUUUCCCCACUCCAGGUUU